AAACAAAUAAAAAGAUCCAAUUUUUUGAUAAUUCUGGAAGAGGAAGCAAUGGUGUUGUCUCGGCGAUUUGCUCAAGUGUCGAGUGACGAAGAAGACGAUGUACCGAUUACUAGGUCUAAGGGAAGAAACUCGGCGAGUCCUGAGGAAUCUUUGGGGAAACGGAGGAAGCGUAAGACGGUGAAGCUAUACGAAGAUUUUGAAGAGAAGGAAGCGGAUAGGAAGAAGAAGAGAAAGGGGAAUAAGGAGGAUGAGGAUAUGGCGGAGGGAGAUGAUGAUCAGGCGGAGGAAGAAACAAAUCCGGAGGCUGAAGAAGAGGAAGACGAAGAAGAAGAAGAGAAGCCUGAUGAUGCGUGUCCUGUUGGUGAUUCGGUUAAUGUUACGGGUAAAGGAAAAGGGAAAAGAACUCAUUUCAACCAAUUUGCUUAUGAUGGUAACACUUAUGAUCUGGAGGUUCCGGUGUUGCUGGUUCCUGAGGACAAAAGUCAAAAACCAUAUGUUGCAAUUAUUAAGGAUAUUACCCAAACUAAAGAUGGAAGCAUGAUGAUUCUGGGACAGUGGUUUUAUCGCCCCGAAGAAGCAGAGAAAAGGGGUGGUGGAAACUGGCAAUCAAGUGAUACACGAGAACUUUUCUACAGUUUCCAUCGUGAUGAAGUGCCAGCAGAAUCUGUGAUGCACAGAUGUGUUGUUUAUUUUGUCCCGGCCCAUAAACAACUUCCAAAACGCAAAAAUAACCCUGGAUUUAUUGUACGAAAGGUCUAUGAUACCGUUGAAAAGAAGCUGUGGAAGCUGACUGACAAAGACUAUGAAGACUCAAAACAACGUGAAAUCGAUGUUCUUGUCAAAAAGACCAUGAACGUAUUGGGUGAUCUCCCGGACCUUGAAUCUGAGGAUAUGCUUGUUGACCAGGAAAAUGUGUUGAAGGCCAAAAGAUCUUUUCGGAAAGUAAACAUAAGUCCUGUGGAUGUUAGAAGGGAGGAAGACGCCUCUUUAAAGGCUGAAACUCCUGGAAGUGGUGCGGGUAUUUCAUCAGAGCAUUAUGCUAUCUUAGAGAAGUUUGAUUCACUAACAGGUGAUGCUCAUCGUGACAAGUGUUUGGGGAAGCUUCUGGAGGCAGUCCAGCACAUAUGUUAUAUCCCUGAGAACAAACAGGCUGGCGACGAAGCAAAGGUGGGUUCAGAUGCAUCUCAUCUUGAACAGGAUGAGAAAGACACAAAGCCGGAAAAUGGAAAGGAUGAGAAAUUUCUCUGGCCAGAUGCUGCUGUUCCUCAAGUGUGUGCUCUUGAGAAUGCUUCACAUGCUUCUCUUGCAUCGGAUUUUCAGAAAUAUAACCAAAAGAUGAGGACACUGGUUUUCAAUCUCAAGAACACUGCACUGCUGGCUAGACGACUGCUCAAUGGCGAGUUAGAGCCUGCAACGAUUUUGAACAUGUCACCCACUGAGUUAAAGGAGGGUCUAACUGCUGACGAGACAACAAAGAAGGAGCCUGAUGAUGCUGAUCGAAUGCAGGUCUUUUAAUUUCUGGAAAUUGAAGUUUUUAUUUAGUUUCCUGGAUUUCAAUUGUUAGGGAAUGUGAACGUCUGUGACUAUGUUGUGUUUAUAUUCCGGAUGCAGAUGACUUCUGUAAGAUGCUCGAGAUGCAGUCAAUUGACGGUUGGCCUGAGGGAUAUCAUCCAAGCUGGGCAUGGAGAUCGAUAUCAGUUGGAGUGUGUUGACUGUGGCUAUUCCUGGUAUGCCUCAAGGGAUGAGGUAUCAACUCUGACAAUAGUCACAGAUAAACCUGCCCAAGGCACAGAGAAGGAGGAUAUUGAGAAGAAUUUGACCAGUCCUCGUGAAACUAAUAAACCAAAAGACGAAGCCUUGAAGACCAAUGACUCGAACGCUGACAACAAUCCUGAAGCCUCCAAGAAACCAGAGUAAAGGGUUUCCAACUUUUUAACCUUAUGUUUAGAGUUUCGGGUCUGAAUUCGAACUGGGUUUCACUUUUAACAGUUGGUUAACCGUAUAGUUAAGUCGGAUAAAGCUUGUCAUGACAAAAAAAACUAAGACUUUGGUUAUGGGCAAUGUAUCAACUGUCUCUUUCUCUUAUGGAACUUUAUUUUAGUGCACCAUCUUUAUC